AUGCAGUCGAUUCGCCAUCCACAGCCCUACCCCGUCCUCCCCUCCCAACUCCAGCCAAGCCACCAUGCCCAUCAUCCGCCCCCAGCCCAGGACAGUCGCACCCAGCUAUUCGUCAACAACCUCCCCUUCCGCGUCCGAUGGCAGGACCUCAAGGAUCUUUUCAGGAAGGCCGGCACCGUCCUCCGCGCCGACGUCUCCUUGACUCCCGACAACAGGAGCAAGGGCUUCGGUACGGUCUUGUUUGCCAACAGGAACGAUGCCUUCAAGGCCAUCGAAAUCUACAAUGGAUUCAGCUGGCAGACACGAAUCCUCGAUGUUAAGCUCGAUCAACAGGACCCUACUGGUGCAUUUGGAAUGGCAGCAGCAGCGGCAGCCUGUCCAGCCCCGUCAUCCCAGCCGAAGAACUACCAUCAGCAUCCACAUCCGCCGUAUCAGCAAUAUCCUCAAAUGACAGCUGUCUCCCAACAUAAUCACAACCAUUAUACACAGCCUCACAACUCACUCCAGCUCCCCUUGUCCACCGGAAAUCCUAGCAACGCCCAACAGCAAAACCGGAACGGACCGGGUGGUACUACUAACACCACUCUUGCGGGCGACCCUCAUCAGUCAUCCUCAUUGGCUCAUCCUCAUCACUCCCUCUCGCCAGCUCAGCUGCCUAGCGUCAUACCGGCCCAAUCCUCGACCCCCUUCCCUGCCGGACAGCAUUCAAACUCCGAGUCGCUCAACCCAGCCACCAAUAAAACUGUUCAUAGCUACCAAAAGCACCAGCACUCCCAAUCACUCAUACCCUUCUCAGACCUACCGCCCAACCUGUCCCAGUCAGUCUUCACCCCCUUGCCCAGAACCUCGGCCCAUCGGCCCUCGCGCUCGGUCCAACUCUCUAAUCCGCAUCCCCCGAGCAAUCCUGCUACAUCCUCCACCGCCAGCCCUUCUCAAACACCCCCGAGUCGGCCCCUCGAUGUCCAUCAGCCCGCCUUCCAGCCCGGCUCAAGCUCCUUGAACCAGGCUCUCGCCCACCUUCAAAUCUCCACCGUCCAACCCGCCUUGCCCUGCGUCACCAUCUCGACGGCCCCUCCCGACUCCAGCUCCUCCGUCUCCUCUGCCCCCGUCGACACUUCUUCCCCCGUCUCCUCGCCUGCUGGCUCGGUUUCUCAUCAUUAUUCGGGUGCCACUCACUCCUCGCUCGUUGGCUCCAACUCUCAGCAUGAUGGCCCCAACAUUCACCAUCCAUCGAUGCCUCCAUUUCAACACUACGGCCCCCCACACUCUUACCCGCCUCACCACAUACCUGGUACCACGCUCAAUCAUGCGCCUUACUCCACCGUCUACAGCCAGAAUAGUGGCCCAGCAUGCCGACUUUUGUUUGUUGGCAAUUUGCCAUUCAACCUCCAAUGGCAAGACUUGAAGGACCUAUUCCGACAGGCGGGGAACAUUCUGAGGGCGGAUGUGGCGACGACAGUUGAGGGGCGGAGUCGGGGCUUUGGGACGGUGCUGUUUGCGACCGCGGAGGACGCAUUGAAGGCCCUGGAGAUGUACGACGGAUACGAGCUCAAGGGGCGGGCGUUGAAAGUGCGCUUCGAUCAGCUCACCCAUCCCGGCUCUGCCGCGCCUGGGCCAUGGCCUGAACAUGCCACGAUCCCGCCUCCUCACUUCCACCCGAUCCAUCACGGCCAAUACCAAUCCAAUCACCCGCUGGUCCAGGAACCCAAAUCACAAACGGAUGAGACAGAAGACUAUUCCAUAUACGGCUCAACAAACAGUGCCGAAGAAAAGCGGGACGAGCCCCUGUGGGCCCCGGAACCUGUGAGGCCCAGUGUGCGCGUGAGUGUGCCGACGAUCGUGCCGCCAGCGCUGAGUCCGAUUGCGUCGCGGCGGUCGAGCUACUUCAAGCCGACGAACGGAUCGUCGGAGUACUCGCAGACGAGCUCGGAUGGCGGGCAAGGGACGAACGGGCGAUCAGGGGGCGGGCCGGAGCCGAUUGGACACCCCGCGAACCAGCCUCGGCCGCAGACGAUUCCGAUGCCGCCGCCCUACGCCCCCGGCCUGGUUUCGCCCGCCCUGCCGAAGACGAUCCAGAUGACACCCUCGAUGCCCGCGUUCUCCUUCCAGCCUUUCAUGCCGGCCACGCCGCCGCUGCUCCCGAACUUCUUCUCCCCGGGCCGCCAAACCGGUCCACUCGCCGCUCGGCUACAACCCGAUACGAAGCCGAUGGACUCGAACGUCGAUUGGGGCUACCAGAGCGCCUCACUCGCAAGCAACCGACGAACCUCGCUGUUUGUCGGCCGAUCGCGGCCCCCGCAAGGCGUCCCCUCGCCGGCCCGUCUGGCCCCCCGCGGCGGAUUCGCCGGGCGUCGGUUGCUCGGAGGCGUCGGCGAGGAGGCCGAUGAAGACGGACUGCUGGGACCCGAGUGCGCCAGUCGCAGAGCCAGCUUCGACGUCUCUAGUCUCUUCAACUCCCAGCAACCCUCCCCGCCCACCAAACUCGCCAAACAACGCCCCUCCGAUAUCCUCAUCUCGUGCCCCGAUAAAGACCCCUUGAAACCUGCCUCGCUUCCUCCCCCCGCUACCGAUCUCAAUAAUAUCGAGAGGGUCGAUCUCGUCGGCCUCGGAUUCGUGGACUCUAUUUGGACUGACAAGCAAUGA